AGACGCACGAACGUGAAGGAAAUUAGAGGCUAAAACAAUAUUGCACUCUGUCAAGUUGGCGGCGCGGGAACGUUGGCUGCACUUUCGACGGUGCAAUUUGUUUUUGUCCUCGAAUUCGCCUGGAAUCGUUCACGCCGAUUCUUUUUGCCGAAGCUAGAGUGGCCGAAAUUGGAGUGCGGCGAUGAGGCCGAGGUGCGGAAAGGUCGCGUCGUAGGUGGAGGUCGCCGGCGGAGCAUGGACGCGGUGCAGAGCAUCGACUACAUCGACGGCAUCACGCUCGAGAUGCUCGUGGACGGCGGCGACCUGCUGGACGAAACCAGCACCGUCCUGUACGACGAGUCGAUGCACUACGAGGAGGAGGACGCCGCCGAGCAGGACGACGAGGACACGGUCGUCCUGUCCGACGACGACGAAGACGACGACGACGAGCCGGACGACGAGAUUCCCACCUGCGAGGACGGCGACGACGAUGAAUGGGAGGUGCAGGACGACAACAUCAACAAAAACCGCAAGGUGCCUCUUGACCUGCCGGCCGAGCUCAAGAAGCACCUCGAGAUCGAUCACUUCCAGGUGGUCACUUGUGAUAAACUGGUGAAUCUUCCGUGCAAUCCGUGCGUGAACCUGAUCCUCGAGUCGUACUACAGGGAGUACGCCUGCGAGAUUCUUCAGUGCGACGAGGAACCUGAGGAAAACGAGCACCGACACGUGCGCGACUCGGGCGCCGGCAAGGAAACGCGAAACCUUUCCAAGUCGCUGCGGCUGCGACGUCAACGGCAGCGCCGCCUCAGCAGCGAGUCGAGUGCGGACCUCGACGAGGACAAAGACUUUGAGGAAAUUCUCAGGAACCUGCGCAUCUGCCUGGAGGUGCUGCACAGCAUCAGUAUUGUCUUCAGGUACUACAUCGACUUCACCCUGGGGGACCACCUGCUGUACCCUUCGGAGAAGCAGCAGCACCAGUACGUGGUCACCGCCAGCAAAGCAAGUUUGCUAUACGUCAAGCAGGAGCCCGUCGAGAGCAUCGAGGAGUACAGCUCGAGUUUGUUCGACAAAAUCACCAUGCUGGACACGGAGGACAAGUCCGAGACGGAGGACGACCUGCUUGAAAUCCUCAGCUCCAACGACCAAAGCUUCACCAAGAGGUGGAACGACUUUUUGGGCAACGACGAGUCCGAAGGGGGCAAACUGACUGAGGACGACUGCAAGCGCGACAACAGCGAGGCGGGGGCUGAGUCGCUGGCCGAACUCGCUCCGUUUGUGAGGCGCCGGAAGGAAAUGCUGUCAAAAAUCCAGGAGUGGAAACUAGUCCCGGACGUGGAGGUGGACGAAGACGGAGAAGACUCGACGCCCAAUUCUCAAAUCUACGGUGCCGUCCACCUGGCCAGGCUGAUGGUCAAACUGCCAGAAUUCCUCUACCUCACCAAAUUCCCGAGCGCAGGCCACCUCAAGGCCGUGCAAAGGCAUCUCAACCUCUUCAUCAACUAUUUGGCCAACAAGUCCAACUGGUUCCAGGAAAACCAGUACCGGACCAACCAUUUCCACUCGUAGC